GUUUGAAGAAACCUGAACAGGGCAAGAUUAAAAAUGUAUCGUUUACGCAAUGGCCCAUGAAAUAGGUUGAAGCUUUGGCGAGAAGAAAAAGGGUCGCGUUAGAAUUAGAGGCGAAGGGUAGAGCGGCGGGACUUCAGAAUCUACCCCAGCAAAUGAAAUGGAAGAAUUUAACGAAACGUUGGAGGGGUUAGAGGGCAAAAUAGCGGAGUAUGAAAAGCAGCUAGCCUUGGUAAGAGAAGAAAUAAAAAAGUAUGAACAGGCCACAGGAGGAGGAGAAGAAGAUGAACAAAUUAAAAACCUGAGAAAGUUAGAAUGUGAUAUGCUGGAGGUCAUAAACUUGACUCUCGAUUUGAUAAAUUAUAAAAAGCAAAACGAAGCGGAAGGAGAUUCGCUUGAACCGAGCCUGGAGAAAGAACCCGAGGAGGAUGCAAAUGAAGGUGUCCCAAGUGAAGCAAGCGCUUUCAUUGGGAGAACAUGUAGCUUCAUCUAUGAAAGCAAAAAAGUCUAUGGACUGAUUCAAAACGUCGUUAAAGAAAAUGAUAUAGAACAACUGCUAAUAAAUAUAUUUGAAAAUAAUGAGCAGAUCAUGAUCCCCCCCAAGUAUGUCCUCCUGAACGAGGUACUGACCGAGUCUGCGCUCGCAGAGAACACCCAGUUCCAGGCCCUCUACAAGAAGGACGGCCUCUGGUACGAUUGCAUCGUCUCGAAGCCCAUGGGUGACUCCUUCCUCGUCAACUACAUCGGAUACAACACCAGCGAGUACGUAAAGAACGACCAAGUCAGAAUUAAGAAAAAAAAAAAAGUGAAAGAAAUAGUCACCCCCGCAGGAUAUAAAAUUCCUGAAAAUUUAAUCGUAAAGGAAAACGACUCUUUAAAAGUUCAAAUGAGGAAAAAGAAAAAAAGAAUAGCUCUCAAAAAAAAACAAAAAAGUGAAUUGAUAAAUAAAGAGUAUACAAAUAAAACGCAGCAGUGGAGGUCCUUUCACGAAAAGGCUAUCAGCAAAAGUAAGCACCUUCUCGUGGCCCAUAAGAAGGUGGAAAAUAUUGAAUACAAAAACACCCCCUCUAGUUUCACCAUCAGGAGGAAGUUCGACUGUCAUGAUAAUGAGGACUGACUUCAUUACCUGAGGUGGGGGGACAUUGCAACACCCACGUGUAAAAUAUUGGCCUUUCUGAAUGGCUCUCUCCCACCAACACUCUUUGUGGUAUUUUAUCCCGCAAUUCUUUACUUCCGUGGAGGAAAAACCCAAAAAAGGAGUUUCCU